AUGCUCCCAAGUCACAACCCAGAAACAACCCAAUCCCGCGAACGACAAUACCAGAUGUCACUCAUCCGAGACGCUCAGCUCGCCAACCUCUCCUCCACACGACCGCCAGGGCAAUUCCACAACCCCUACGCUCAAAAGACGCGCCCGGAUGUACCCAACCUCCCACUCCGCCCCGACUCCUCCGUUGGCGGGUGGUCGAAACGCCAGAAACAGACACGUUGGGCUGCGUUUAUCAUCGUCCUUGGGGGUAUGGCUAUUAUUGCGUUGGCGAUCUCUUUGGGUGUAUAUUUCAGUCAGAGGAAUAAGAAAUCUCCAGAGACGGAGGAUAAGCCUCUGACGACUGACGUAUCCUUUGGUCUCACCAUUGGUUAUAAGACGGGUGGGGAUGGGACCGAAGUGAGAAUGAACGAAGGAGACGCGUCGUUCGUAUACCAAAACACCUUCGGUGGAUACUGGCAUCAUAACCCUCUCGACCCAUUCAAACUAUACGCUAGACCUAACUCAUGGACACCGCCUCUGAACGAAUCUUGGACAUGGGGCCAAGACCGAAUAUACGGCGUCAACCUCGGAGGAUGGCUCGUCCUUGAACCCUUUAUCACACCCUCUCUUUUCCAAAAAUAUCCAGGAACAUCAGACGAGUGGAGCCUGAGUGAAGCCAUGAGGAGGGACGAAGCGGGUGGUGGGAUUGGUCAGAUUGAGGACCACUAUAAAACGUUCAUUACGGAGAGGGAUAUUGCUGAGAUUGCAGGUGCUGGGUUAAACUGGGUUCGGAUACCACUCGGUUUCUGGGCAAUCGAAACUUGGGAUGGGGAACCCUACCUGGAAAGGACAUCCUGGACAUACUUCCUACGCGCCGUCGAGUGGGCCAGGAAGUACGGCCUGAGAGUUAUCUUGGACUUGCACACCUGUCCCGGCUCUCAAAACGGUUUAAACCAAUCCGGACGCGAAGGCUCUAUCAACUUCCUCUCCGGCAACAUGGGCAUUGCGAACGCCGAACGCACUCUAUACUACAUCCGCAUCCUAACACAGUUCAUCUCCCAACCGCAAUACCGCGACGUCGUCCCCGUCAUCUCCAUUCUCAACCAGCCAGCCGGGUACGCGAUUGGCGUAGAGCCCAUUUCGAGUUUCCAUCUCAGAGCGUAUGAUUUGAUUCGUAGGAUGGUUACUGGGUUUAAGGCUGGACCAUAUAUCGCAGUUUCGGGAUCGCUCCUCCCGAUCGACGUAUGGAAUGAGACACCUGUUCUACCGGGUGCGGACCGGGUGAUACUGGACGUUCACCCUUUCAUCGCCUUUGAGGGUAUCAACACCUCAUCCAUCGUCAAUAUGGCGGUGGAUGGUGAGAGAGGGGGCAUAUGGCCUAAGAUGGUGUGUGAUAUGUGGGGGCCUGCUUUUAACCAGAGCCGUCGAUUCAAUGGAAUUACCAUUGGAGGCCAGUUCUCCGCAGCUACGAAUGACUGUGGGCUGUUCUUGCGCAGUGUGGAUAUCGCUUCGGAACAUCCGCAGUGCGCCGAAUAUGAUAACUGGGAGAGCUACAACGAGACGAUGAAAGCUGGUAUCCGGAGUUUUGUCCUGGCAAGUUUUGACGCUAUCGGAGACUUUUUCUGGUGGACGUGGAAGGUAGGCGAAACCGAGGACGGUCGAAUCGCAGCACCAAUGUGGUCCUACAAACUCGGCCUCGACAACGGCUGGAUCCCUCGGGACCCGCGCGACUCAAUCGGCAAAUGCCUACGGCUACGCACGACACCCGACGUCUUCGACGGCGCCUUCCAGCCCUGGCAAACAGGCGACGUAAGCUGGGACCCCGUCAUCCCAGAGGACUACCUCCAACAGCACCCCUGGCCUCCGCGUAACAUCACCAACGCGGAGGUGGAGGUGGGUUUGUUGCCGACGUAUACGAGCACGGGGAGCGUGGUGACACUUCCCCCGCCCACGUUUACGGUUACGACGGAUGCAUCGGCGGAGGUCACGGGGACGAGUGGGUUGAAUGGGUGGUAUAAUACGUUUGAUCGGGCGGGAGGGCCUACUCCUGUUGCGGGGUGUUUUUAUCCGGAUGCGUAUGAUGCUUCGUUUGGGGAGGCUGUACCGACUGAAGCGUGUGUGGGGCCUACUGAAGGGUAG